AUGUCGGGGCACAAUCCGCCACCGCCGAAAAGCCUGGGGCUCGGCCUGGUGCUCAAGCUGCUCACCAAGUCGCUCAAUCGCCCCGCCCUGCCCCGCGUCAGCGUCACGCUGAUCAACCCGGCCAUUGUCGGCGGCGAAGACUUGCAAAAGCUACUAAAACAAUUGCACACUAAUGGCCCGGUAACCGUGAGAGCGCAGGCCGCUGUCAAGAUUGCCGAGCUCUUGGACCAGUACCUGAUCGCCCUGGUCCCUGAAAUCUGGUAUCGGGCCCGCGACUUGAUUGACCCCAGCCAGCCACGACUGGUACGUCGGCCGGCGAUCCACUUGCUCAGAGGGUGCAUAGCGCAGGGUCUGUCGCUUGUGGCUAAUCGCUUGGUGUACUUUCGUGAUAUUUUGAAAGCCUGUCAAGCCAAUGAUCCCGACUACGAUUUGUUCCUUAAGGCGCUUUCUGUGCUCACCAACGAUGGCCAUGACCUCCUGGACCUUGGUAGCUAUAUGCCCAAAGAACUAGCGAUAUUCCUUACACGACGGUUAACGGCUCAUGAUCCUAAUUGGCAGGCGACUGUCGACUUCAUUAACAAGUGCUUGCAUCAUCAUCAGUUUGAAAACUAUACCGCCGAUGCUGUGGUCAACAAAAUGAUCGAGUUGGCGUGCACGUCUGAAGCAGCUCGAGCACCGGUGUUCGCUGGAGUGCUGGACUAUUUGCAAUUAUACCAAGUGGCUCUGACACCAGUGGUGCGCUUCUUGUGCGCUCUCUAUGCAAUUGAGCUGGAGAGUUAUGAAGCAUGGCCGGCAAUUUACUCAUUGGCGAGUGUAGAGGGCACACGUAAGGCGAUCAUCGAAGGUUUAUGUGGGGUAAUCACUGCUCCAAAGAUCGCCCAGUGUCGACUGAUGGCGCUUGCGGAGUCUCGUACGCCGUCAAAAUUGAAUGCAAAUGUUCUCACCCUUUAUGGCGCUCUCGGAGCUAUUGCUUUGGCCACUUACACCAUUGUUGCUGGAAAAUCAGACCCAGUGGCCGUUGCUUUGGCAUUCAAAAAUGUCGUCGAUACACAUAACUUGACCUUAGUGAACACACAGGUGCUCCGAUGUCUUGAUCGGUUAUUUGCUAUGGAAAACUGGGUAGAACACUACACCAAUCACUGCAAACUUUUUACCGACGUGUUGCCAUUCUACACUUGGUUGACAAAGCCUACAAUGUUUGAUGUGAUCACCCUGGUUAAUACCACUACCGACGCCGACAAUCUGUAUGUUCAGCUGAUCCUACUGUCCAUACAGCUUUUAUGGUCCGUCCAUCAACUAGAGUGCGAUGAGGAAGCAGUUGUGAAGGUGUUCACUCACUUUUCUCGGCAACUAAAUGAAGCCUGCCUGGCUUUUGUCAUCAAGUACUACAGCCUGGCCAAGUUAUGCUGUGCAUUGAACCCCUCUUGGCGUGACAAUUGUGUACGGUGUCUUAAUCUCUUCUACUUCCACUCAACGCUGCCGCUGGUUCGCUUGGAAUGCUUGAAGAUGGUCUAUGAGGCACACCAGGCGCUGCUGGCUGUGUUUGGUGAGGAUCAUGUCGACUACGAAAUCAUGUGCUCUCUCUUUCCUCGGCUGAAACAUGAAAAGGAUCCGGUAGUAUUGGAUUUUCUCAUUGACACCAUGUUCACCUACAUUGCCUUCUCGUGUCCCGACUCAGUGUACUUCACGAUGUGUGACACGUUUCUACGUGAUAUAAAGCUGUUCCGUCAGCUUUUGGUGGGAGAGGCGCUGGCGAAAGCGGUGGCGCUGUUCCGUCUGAUUGGUCUGAUCCUGCGAGCUCUGCUGUACCGACAAUCAUCCGAUAGAUUUUCCACAGAGUUUUUGUCGAAAAUGGCGAUGGUGUUUGUUCGUAUUUUUUGUGUCGGGUACGUCAAGUUUCCCGCCAAGGCUGUACGAACUUAUGAGGUUUUGAUUGAUUUCUUGGAGUUUCUGUUGGCCACAGGAUACACCGAUGUUGCGUUGUUGAUACUGAAGUUGCUCGUUCGCCUUCGCGUGACAGCUGAAAGAUACGUUUACAUUACCCAGCCAGCAGACAUCACGGGGCUUUCGCUGACAUUCGGACGUAAUCUUAAUGGAGAGAAUUACGUGGCGAGAAGUCUGCACAAGUGGACAUUCCCUGAUACCAUUUCCUACAUACCAAAAGAGAAUUUGGAUACCCCCAGCACUCGACUUCAGGUGAACCCCGUUGCAAAAGACGUGAGCUCGUUAAAUAUUGAACCAUGGAUUCGGAUAGUGUUGCAGAUCGUGGAAAAGUUCUACUCAUUUGAGUUGUACCUGUUUGUGUGGAGCCACUUUUGCUCUCAACUUGCCAACUUGGACCUCUUCGCAGCUCACUUUGAUUUGGUGGUUCAACUUAAACUGAUAAUUUGUACUCAACUAACCCUGGGGCUAUCGAGUGCGGUGAAGACACCUACUGAUGAGAUCACUCCGGCUGAGAUCCAAGUUGCACUCAUUCGAACUAUGCUGGCACUCUUGGGAUAUCACAAUCAAUUUAGCAAACGUGAUGAAGAUGAAUUGAUCAAAGCACUUAUCUUGGGACUUGACUGGUGGGAGCGUACAGCUGUGCCCUGUAUCAAUAUGUUGACCGCUUGUUGCUACGAGAUUCCCUUAUCUGUUCAACGUUUUGUACCGGUGAUCUUGACCAAGCUCCAGGUGAGAGUAACUCUGGCGGGUGCCUCAACGCAUACUCUAGAAUUAUUGAUGGCCUUGUGUGAGAAUCUGGAUUUGCAAGCUAACUUUACUGCUGAUGACUACAAGCGUGUAUUUGGUAUUGCGUUCAAAUACGUGCAGUAUGCUCAGGAUAUGACUAACAAAAACUUGACGAAGGCAAAAUCUCAGGGUAGCGAUAUUCCGUGGCAGUAUGUGCUCACGAUGCUGUAUCGCGUCAUUUGUGAAUGGUUUCUCAAAAUGCUGCUCAAAGAUAGAGCCAGCUUCACGGAGUAUCUCAUGAAAAACAUUGUUCUGACGAAUUCCCAGCCUGAGGACAUUGACGACAACACUGCUGGUCUUCUCGACUUUGUGGGUCAAUUCUCGAACUCAAACGUGCCCCUUUCCAUCUAUCAUCCACAAAUUGAUGCUGAUGCCAAGCGCUGGAUGGUCGGACUUUCGGUGAUUGCAAUGAGUACCGAUGCCAGCCUGGGCAAAUCGCAGUGGUUGGUCGUGAGACCACUGGGGGUCUUGGCACUACAUGUGUCACUUCAUGGGGAUGGAAAAGACAUGGAUGUGCUGCUGGCAUUUUAUAUGCUUCAGCUCUAUCUGAGUGUCUACAAAGACCAUACCAAGGCCUUAAAGCCGAAACCCAUUCCCGACACACCAGUGGCACAGAGAGCGUUGGCCUUACUUGAUCGAAUUCCCACCGUGGAAUUCCACAAAAUCGGCAUCGUGUAUGUCGGUCCAGGCCAAUCACUUGAAACUGAAGUUUUGUCCAACAAAAGCGGACUGCGACGCUUUCAUGAGUUCUUGCAACAGAUGGGUCAGUUGUAUCGACUCAAGCAGCUGCCCCCGCAAAUCUACGUUGGUGGUCUUGAUACAGAAAAUGAUAUGGACGGCGAGUACACCCGCUAUUGGCGUGAUCGUACGCUUCAAGUGGUUUGGCAUGUUCCUACAAUGAUGGACAGCACCACCCAAAGCCAAUUACCGAUAUCUAUUCAACUCCAACAACGCAAAAAACAUAUCGGAAACGAUUAUGUCAACAUCUAUUACGAUGAGCUGGGAAAGUCGUUUGACUUUGACUUGAUCAAAUCACAAUUCAACUUUAUGGCGAUUGUCAUCACCCCGCAUACAUGGCGCACAGAGUAUUCAUCUGCAGUUGAUGCAUCCGAGGAUGAAGAGUUUUUUCGUGUUAAAGUGUACCGACGCGAAGGCGUGCCUCUGUUGUUCGCUGCCCUGCAUUUUAAAAUGAUCAGCUCGCUGCACCUACCUAAAUUCGUCCGCAUGUUGGCAAUUAUGGCCGAUCAUUUUGCCCAUGUAUGGCACAAUCCCAACCACCCGUUCCAAAUCUGGCUGCAAAGAGCACGAGCAUUAAAAGACUUGCGAGACAAGGUGGUCACAACUUCGACAAAACCUGAUGACACCACUGAUUUUAGCAUGUACGUAGAAUCUACGUCGUAA